AUGGCUAAAACGCCGACGAGAAAUGCUUCAACUACGUUAAAUGAACAACUGCCUGAGAAUGAUGAUCGAUUUGAUGAUUACGGAUCGGAAAAUCCAUUGGAUUUCACAGCGGGUAGCAUUCGGCCAAAUGAACAUGCAUUCUUUUCUGAUGUUACAACAAUGAAAGAAUUGGAAAGUGAUUUAACUGAUCUCUUACAACGAUUUCGAGAAGGAACAUUACUAGCAUUUAGUCCUCAAUUCACUUGUGCAAAAAUGGAUACAAUCCGUGAAACGCAGGAACAACUAGCAAGAUUGCAUUUUUCAUUAGACAAAGAUCUUUCGACUAUUAAUAUUGAAUCGGAUGAAUGUCAAAAGAAAGCCAAUGAAAAUAUGUCAUGUCUAAUGCAAAGGUUACAAAAACUAACUGAAGAAAUUGAAAAACUACCCCAAAUGCCUCCAGAUCAUCCAGUGAAUGGUGGGACUGAAUAA